CCAUCCGCUCGACAAAUCGCCGCCCUCGUGCUCAACCACCCGUCGUCCACCCUCACCACCGCGUCGGCGCGCUCCCUCUCGGCGUCCCUCCUCGCCGCCGCGCCGGCGCUCCCGACGCCCGUGGCCAACUCCGUCCUCAAGCUCCUCUGGCACCACGCCCCGCGCGCGCUCCUCUUCUUCCACUCGCUCCUCCACCUCCCCGCCCGCGCGCACACCGUCUCCCCCUGCACCAUCGACCUCGCGCUCGACCUCUCCGCGCGCCUCCGCCACCCGCGCCAGCUCACCAGCUCCAUCCUCGCGCUCUUCCCGCGCCUCCGCCUGCCCUACACCCCGCGCACCUUCCCCAUCCUCUUCGAGCGCUUUGCCGCGUCGCAGCGCAGGCCCGACGUCGCCGUCCGCCUCUUCCUCUCGCUCCACCGCUCCCACCGCGUCACGCAGGACCUGCCCCUCUUCAACUCCCUCCUCGACGCGCUCGCCAAGUCGCGCCACGCCGCCAAGGCCGCCUCCCUCGUCCGCGCCCUCCAGGGCCGCUUCCCGCCGGACGUGGUCACCUACAACACCCUCGCCGACGGGUGGUGCCGCGUCAAGGACACCUCCCGCGCGCUCGACCUGCUGCGGCAGAUGGCCGAGUCAGGCAUCACCCCCACCAAAACCACCUACAACAUCAUCCUCAAGGGCUUCUUCCGCGCUGGACAGAUACAGCACGCGUGGAGCUUCUUCCUCCAGAUGAAGAAGCGGGGGAGCAAAGACGAGAGCUGCAAGCCCGACAUCGUUUCCUACACGACAGUCAUCCAUGGGCUGGGUCUAGCUGGGCAGCUCGACAAAGCUCGCAAGCUGUUCGAUGAAAUGUCUCAAGAAGGAUGCUGCACACCAUCAGUGGCCACUUACAACGCGCUUAUUCAAGUCAUAUGUAAGAAGGGAAACGUGGAGGAUGCAUUGACGGUGUUUGAUGAUAUGGUCCAGCAGGAUCUCAUACCUAAUGUGGUCACCUAUACCGUCUUGAUCCGGGGCCUCUGCCAUGCUGCGAAAAUCGACCAAGCUACGAAGCUGAUGGAGAGGAUGAAGAGUGAAGGCUGCGAGCCUGUCGUUCAGACGUACAAUGUUCUAAUAAGGUAUUCAUUUGAGGAAGGGGAGAUCGACAAGGCCUUGUGUUUGUUUGAGAGGAUGAGCAAAGGGGAGGACUGCUUGCCCAACCAAGAUACCUACAAUAUCAUAAUAAGCGCAAUGUUUGUGCGCAAGAGGGCCGAGGACAUGGCAAUGGCUGCGAGGAUGGUGAUGGACAUGGUGGAGAGAGGCUACUUGCCCAGAAGGUUCAUGCUCAACCGUGUCCUCAAUGGGUUGAUGCUGACAGGGAAUCAGCAGAUUUCUAGAGAUCUCUUGAGGAUGCAAGAGAAAUAUAGACGCCUGCGACGAGAAAUAAGACUGUGAUUGCCAUUUUACUCCUGCAUACAUUGGCAUGAGUCCAUGUUCUGUCUUUUGUGUAUCAUG